ACUUGCAAAUAUCACUGUGGAUGAAAGCAUUAAGUGCAGACAUAAGCAGCAAAAUAUGUCAACUAAGAUGCAACAAAAAUGCUUAUAAGCUGUGUGUAGUUUUGAUGAGUUGUUAUUAUGAACAGGAUAAUCUAACGCUCCAAAUUUACCAUAUUCCUGGUAAUUUGAAGCAGAUGUGUUGUAUGUCAUCUUCUUCGAUGGCAAGAGAAAACCAACUUGCACAAACUUCCAUGCUUUCAGGACUAUGUGCUCCUUCCAAAAAGAACACCAGAUCUACUAAGCUUUCAGUCUCAAAUGGCAUAGAUGGAUUCUCUCUUCACCACCGCAUUCCCAUUGCCGCCACCAGGACGAUAUGUGUACAAGAAAAGAAUAGCAAGAACUCGAAUCCUGCUGCCACCGCCACAAGUCCACAACCAGAUUACAGAACGUGCAAUUACUACUCCAGCGUCUCAUUUGGGACGUAA